AUGACAAUUUACUACACGCUUGUAAGAGAAAACAAAACCAAAAAAAUAAUUGGGGGUGAGUUUAGUCCACAAUCAGAAACUAUAACUAUAGGUAAGGAUAUAUUAAAAGAAAUACGAGAUAUUUCUAAUAAUGGAAAUAUUGCUAAAAUUGAAUCUGCUUUGGAUCAAAAGUUUAUUUUUAUUGUAUAUUUGUAUAAAGAUGUUUUGUAUUCUGUUAUUAUCGAUCAGUACGAAAAAGAUAAUAAUGUAAUAAACUACAUUCAUUCUCUUAGCCAAAAAUUGUCAGAAAAAGAAUACAAAUCUUACGAAUUUGAUAAUGUAAUUAAAGAAAAGAGUAAUGAAUUUAAUAAGGAUAAAACACUUAAAGAGAUUGAUGAUACAAAAAAUAUACUAGCAGAUUCAUUAAAUUUGAUAAUUCAACGAAGAGAAAAUAUAAAUAAUAUUAGUAAGUUGGCAGAUAGAUUAACUUUUGAAACCAAAGAAAUGCACAGUUCUAUAAAGAACAUGCAAUUUAAUAAUCUUGUUAAAGAAUAUGGAGUGUAUGCAGUUAUAGGAUUUAUAAUAUUUUUAUUUCUGUAUUUUAUUUUACAUUAA